AUGAUAAAAAUUGUGAAGAGGCAAAUAUAUUAUUCCUGUGAAAAAAAAAAAUACUAUACAAACAGAUUAUAUAAAAAAGUGUGUAGCAAUUGUUUAAGUUUAAAUAUAAAUAACAUAAAUAGAUGUGUAUAUUGCGAUAGUACAUUAAAUGAUAAUGAUAUUAGAUUAAUAAAAAAUAAUAUUUUUACAGAUAUCAUAAAUGUAAGAAAGGAAUGGAAAUAUUUGGAUGGAAAAGGCGUUAAAAAUUAUUUUUAUACACCUUUAUUAAAUAAUGUAGAAAUUGAUGAUAAAUAUGUUCAUCUUAAAAAUGGGUUAAUAAACAACUGCGAUAAAUUAUAUAUUUAUUACAAUUGUUAUGACUAUAUUAUAUUAAAUAACCCAUAUAGCAACUCAUGCAUUAACCUUAUUAUUUUAUUUAAGGGAAUUAUGUAUGAUGUUAAAAAUUUAAAAAGAAAAAACAUAAAUUGCUUGUUGCAUAUGUAUAAUUAUGUUUAUUUUAUAAUAGAUGUGUUCCUAUAUUUUCUUGUAAUUAGCAAAGGAAAAUAUGUUCAUUAUAAAUAUAUGUACAGCAAGUCAGCAUGUGUUGAUACAGAUUAUAAUGAAGAAGUUGUAGAAAUUUUGUUUGAAUUGAAUAAAAUUAUUAAGCAGAAGAAAAAGAAUAUAAUUACACGUAGUGUUAAUAAUGAAAAAAAACAAUUAGAAAAUGUAAAUGAAAAAAAUAUUAUAGAAAGAUUAAAUGAAAAUUAUGAGAAUAUAUAUAAAGAUUUAAUGAGAAAUACCGACAACAAAUCUGUAUUAAAUAAAUUUUUCAAAAAGUUAGAAGAUGUAAAUAUUAAAAAUAAAAUAAAAGUUCUGAAAAAAUAUUUUUAUGUUGGUUGUUAUUAUCCUUCUCCUAUAAAUCAUUUCUCUCUUCAAGUAUUAUUUCCUCCAUUUUCGAAUUAUAAUUUUUUUGCCUUUCCUUUUUAUUUUCCCAUACAAAAAAUUUUGCAUGAUUUGUAUGUAUAUGGUCAUGUCAAAAAUUAUAACCAUUCAGAAAUAAUUAGGAACAUUUACGACAACAAGUUGAUUAAGGAUAUAAAGGAAAGUGACUCUUGUUGCAAAAGAAUCCUUCAAUUUUGA